UCCCAUCGGAACGUGUCCUGGUCGAAUUGUAUCGUGUUUUAAGGAAAUGCUACUGUGUGUUUAAUUAAAAUAUAAUUUUGAAAUGAACGUUUUAAUGUCACGCAGUGGCGACUCCUCGUGGCUGUUGUGACAAUCACGCGACAACGUAGCUCUCCUCGUUUGGCAGGUGAAGCCCCUCUGCUCGCUCGCAGCCAUUGUGUAGCCAAGCGGUUAACGCAUUAGCUGCGAACGCUAUUUUCUUUAUGCGGGCGGAAAACGCACAAGGCGCAGACAUGCCGACUCUGAAGCUGAUCUCUGUGACUGACACGCAGUAUUCAGCCGCCUUGCUUAAGUCAAUGAACGAGCAGCGGAAUAGUGGAUUAUUUUGCGAUGUCACCAUUAUUGUGCAAGACAAGAAGUUCCGCGCUCACAAGACCAUGCUGUCGGCGUCAAGUACAUAUUUCCACCAGCUCUUUGUCGUCGCUGGGCAAGUCAUUGAACUCAACUUCAUCCGAGCGGAGAUCUUUGAGCACAUCCUCAAUUACAUUUACAGCUCCAAGAUCAUACGUAUUCGCUCGGACUUGCUGGAGGAGUUCAUGAGCGCUGGGCAGACGCUCGGGGUGAAGUUUAUCGCGAACCUGGCGACCCCACUAUCUCAAGUCAAAGGUUUGCCUGGUUUGUCCAAGGAUGAAGAUCCCCAAAACCAAACAUCAGAGAUGAAUAUGCCAAUCAUCUCUGAGUCCUACUCCAUAUCUGCGGAGGAGUUCAAGCAGUCGAGCAACAUGACUGAUAAGGACAGGGACUCGGAUGAUGACGUCAUGUUCGUCUCGGAGACUGAUGCCAGAUCGCAAGCUGCCAGUCAGAAAGCUUCAGAUGAGGUCAUUUAUGUGGACACACUAGACUCAGAUAAGGUUGAAAAGGCGCAAAGCGAAGAAUCCGCAAAUUCAGAAUUGAAAGAUGCACCCGCAGGAACGCAGGAUCUAAAGCUUCCCGACAGAAGCCCUCUGCCCAGUCCGGACAGCAGCUCCAAUAAUGUCAAUUCCCCAGCCAGAGUGUCUUCCAGAAGCACUCCCACCACGCCGGCAAGGACCACUAGCUUCACCCCCGAGCUGCCCAGUGCCUCUCAAUCGUCUGGAAACAGCAACAUAAUGGAAAACACAGACAUAUUGGGAGUCCACAAAAAGCAAAUAUCCACUUCACCCCAGCAAGGAGAUUUCAAAAUUAGGCUGUUGGACAUCUCAGAAAGCCCCUCCAGUCAAAGAAAUCAAGUCAAACCCACGAUAGCAACAAAAAAGACGGUCACACUCAAUGCAGCCACAGAAAUUGAUUCAAUUUCCCCAGAUUGUAAAGUUUAUGCCAACAUUGGGGAGGACACUUACGACAUUGUACCAGUGAAGGAGGAUCCGGGAGAGGGCGGCUCCAAAACCAACAAAGGGAAGCGAGCCAUACCGGAAAUUCCUGAGAAUCUGAAGACCUCUCCAAACAAGAAAAAGUCUAAAUCAGACUCUGAGGACCACUACGAGCUGAUCAUGGAUGGCAAGACUUUCUACGUGUGCACCGUGUGUAAGCGUCCUUAUGUGUGUCGGACCAGCCUCCGCCGCCACUUCAACACACACUCAUGGGAAAGGAAGUACCCGUGCCACUACUGUGACAAAGUCUUCGCCCUGGCUGAGUACAGGACUAAACAUGAAAUCCAGCACACGGGGGAGAGGCGCUACCAGUGCCUGAUGUGCCACGGCACCUUCCUUAACUACCAGCUGCUCUCUAACCACUGCAAGCAAGUCCAUAAUGUGGACCCCAGCGGGAAGAAGGCAAAAGACAGGGAAGACAACAUUUACCGCCUGCUGCCCUGCAAGUCGAUGCAGAUGAAGCCAUACUCGUGGAGCCCGGAGGGGUCUGCGGUGCCGUUCUUCGGCGGGGACGGUGGCAUGCACCACAUGGCCCCUGGCCAGGAGGGUGUCCACCCACCUGCUCAGAGCCAUGUAUUGAACUGGGAUGACAUUUUCGAGCCAGACGAGCAAAUGUUGAUGGGCCGACCCGUGGCGCCGAUUAAUGUUAGUCCCCCUGAGGGCAAGUCGGACUUCAAUUUUAACAUUCCAGAGACAUACUGAACCACGACGGACCGCGCAAUCACUCGUGCCUUUUUGGAGGCCCCCCCUUGGACUUCCACUCCUCCUCUGUGGAUCUUUGUUUUUUCUACAGUAGUCUGGAUGAGUGAAUGUUCACACACACAUGACUGCACCCCUUUUCAUUUUAAUCUGUGUCCACAACAACCCUGAUCACCUGCAUUUCUAACUAGACUGGCCAUUUCACAGUUAAUAACCAGACGUGAACUUACUUUGGUUCUCCUGACACUGUUGAUCUUUGUUGCCCGAGUAUUGACUUUUAGGCCUUGUUUCCUAGAACAGUGUUUCUCAACUCGUAGUAAGCAAAGGCACAUACUUUACAUUAGAAAAAUGCCUAAGCACACCACCGAACAAAAAUGUCAGUAAAACUAUAUACUGAGAAAAAUAACCUAAUCUCACUUUACUCAAAAGUAUACGUUUUGUGAAAUCUGGCCCUGUUUAGUUGAACACAAAACUAAUAUUCUGUUGUAUAAAUGGGCAACAGGUGGAUAGAUAUGUUAUUUCUACCUUCUGCUACAGUGGGGCAAAAUAUUUAGUCAGCCACCAAUUGUGCAAUUUCUCCCACUUAAAAAGAUGAAAGGGCUGUAAUUUUCAUCUUAGGUACACCUCACCUAUGAGAGACAAAAUGAGAAAAAUCACAUUGAUUUAAAAUAAUUUAUUAGCAAAUGAUGGAAAAUAAGUAUUUGGUCAAUAACAAAAGUUCAUCUCAAUACUUUGUUAUAUACCCUUUGUUGGCAAUGGUCAACAAGUCUGUAAGUCUUCACAAGGUUUUCACACACUGUUGCUGGUAUUUUCGCCCAUUCCUCCAUGCAGUGAUGUUUUGGGGCUGUCACUGGGCAACUUUCAACUCCCUCCAAAGAUUUUCUAUGGUGUUGAGAUCUGGAGACUGGCUCGGCCACUCCAGGAAAUGCUUCUUACGAAGCCACUCCUUUGUUGCCCGGUGGUGUGUUUGGGAUCAUUGUCAUGCUGAAAGACCAAGCCACAUUUCAUCUUCAAUGCCCUUGCUGAUGGAAGGAGGUUUUCACUCAAAAUCUCUGCCGGUCAUUCAGGAGGUCCCCCCCGUGUGGUUCUGGGAUUUUUGCUCAACGUUCUUGUGAUCAUUUUGACCCCACGGGGUGAGAUCUUGCGUGGAGCCCCACAUUGAGGGAGAUUAUCAGUUGUCUUGUACAGUGGGUACGGAAAGUAUUCAGACCCCCUUAAAGCUUUCACUCUUUAUUAUAUUGCAGCCAUUUGCUACAAUUAAGUACUUUUUUCAUCAUUAAUGUAAACACAGCACCCCAUAUUGACAGAAAAAAAAAGUGAAAUUUUUGCAGAUUUAUUAAAAAAGAAACUGAAAUAUCUCAGCCAUAAAUAUUCAGACCCUUUGCUCAGUAUUUAGUAGAAGAACCCUUUUGAGCUAAUACAGCCAGGAGUCUUUCUGGGAAUGAUGCAACAAGUUUUUAACACCUGGAUUUGCGGAUCCUCUGCUAUUCCUCCUUGCAGAUCCUCUCCAGUUCUGUCCGGUUGGAUUGUGAACGUUGAUGGACAGCCAUUUUCAAGUGUCUCCAGAGAUGCUCAAUUGGGUUUAAAUCAGGUCUCUGGCUGGGCCAUUCAAGAACAAUCGCGAGUUGUUCUGAAGCCACUCUGUUAUUUUAGCUGUGUGCUCAGGGCCAUUGUCUUGUUGGAAGGUGAACCUUGGGCCCAGUCUGAGGUCCUGAGCACUCUGGAGAAGGUUUUUGUCCAAGAUAUCCUUGUACUUGGCCGUAUUCAUUUCCCCUUCGAUUGAAACCAGACUCCCUGUCCCUGAAAAACACCCCAACACAGCAUGAUGCUGCCACCACCAUGUUUCACUGUUGGGACUUUGGGACUGUAUUGGACAGGUGAUGAGCAGUGCCUGGUUUUCUCCACACAUGCCACUUAGAAUCAAGGCCAACAAUUUCUAUCUUGGUCUCAUCAGACCAGAGAAUCUUAUUUCUCAUCAUCUUGGAGUUCUUCAGGUGUUUCUUAGCGGGCUUUCAUGUGGCUUGCACUGAGGAAAGGUUUCAGUCAGGCCACUCUGCCAUAAAGCCCUACCGUGAUGAUUGACUUUCUAGAAUGUUCUUCCAUCUCACGACUGAAUCGCUGGAGCUCAGCCACAGUGAUCAUCUUCUAUUUAAGGAUUAUGGAGGCCGCUGUGCUCUUAGGAACCUUAAGUGCAGCAGAAUUUUUUUUGUAACCUUGGCCAGAUCUGUGCCUUGCCAAAAUUCUGUCUCGGAGCUCUUCAGGCAGUUCCUUUGACCUCAUAAUUCUCAUUUGCGCUGACAUGCACUGUGAAUUGUAAGGUCAUAUAUCGACAGGUGUGUGGCUUUCCUCAUCAAUUCCAAUCAGUAUAAUCAAACACAGCUAGACUCCAAUGAAGGUGUAGAACCAUCUUAAGGAUGAUCAGAAGAAAUGGACAGCACCAGAGUUAAAUAUAGGAGUGUCACAGCAAAGGGUUUGAAUACUUAUGGCUGUGUGAUAUUUCAGUUUUUCUUUUUUAAUAAACCAAUGUCAACAAUUGUUUUUUUCUGUCAAUAUGGAGUGAUGUGUGUACAUUAAUGAGGGAAACAAAUUAAAUUAUUUUAGCAAAUGGCUGCAAUAUAACAGAGUGAAAAAUUUAAGGGGGUCUGGAUACUUUCCGUAGCCACUGUAUAUCUUCCAUUUUCUAAUAAUUGCUCCCACAGUUGAUUUUUUUCACACCAAGCUGCUUACCCAUUGCAGAUUCAGUCCUCCCAGCCUUGUGCAGGUCUACAAUUUUGUUUCUGGUGUCCUUUGACAGCUCUUUGGUCUUGGCCAUAGUGGAGUUUGGAGUGGGACUGUUUGAGGUUGUGGACAGGUGUCUUUUAUACUGAUAACGAGUUCAAACAGGUGCCAUUAACACCGGUAACGAGUGGAGGACAGACGAGUAUCUUUAAGAAGUUACAGGUCUGUAAGAGCCAGAAAUCUUGCUUGUUUGUAGGUGACCAAAUACUUAUUUUCCACCAUAAUUUUCUAAUACAUUCUUUUAAAAUUAGACAAUGUGAAUUUUUGUCCUCAUUUUGUCUCUCAUAGGUGAGGUAUACCUAUGAUGAAAAUUACAGGCUCCUCUCAUCUUUUUAAGUGGGAGAACUUGCACAAUUGGUGGCUGACUAAAUAGUUUUUUGCCCCACUGUAUCUAGUGGACGGCGGCACAGUGGAAGACUGGUUAGCACAUCUGCCUCACAGUUCUGAGGACCGGGGUUCAAAUCCCGGCCCAGCCUGUGUGGCGUUUGCAUGUUCUCCCCGUGCCUGCAUUGGUUUUCUCCGGGUACUCCGGUUUCCUCCCACAUCCCAAAAACAUGCAUGGUAGGUUAAUUGGAGACUCUAAAUUGCCCAUAGGUGUGAAAGUGAGCGUGAAUGGUUGUUUGUUUGUAUGUGCCCUGCGAUUGGCUGGCGACCAGUUCAGAUAGGUGGGAUAGGCUCCAGCCCGCACGCGACCCUAGUGAGAAUAAGCGGUUCAGAAAAUGGAUGGAUGGAUGUAUCUAGUGGAAGAGAAUUGUUCCGUCACUAUACAUCGCUGACAUAGAUGAACAUAACACCAUCCAUCCAUGCAUUUUCUACACCGCUUCUCCUCACUAGGGUCGCGGGCGUGCUGGAGCCUAUCCCAGUUAACUGCGGGCAAGAGGGAGGGUACACCCUGAACUCGUCGCCAGCCAAUCACUGGGUACAUAUGAACAAACAACCAUUCACACUCACAUUCACACCUACAGGCAAUUUAGAGUCUUCAAUCAAUCUACCGUGCGUGUUUUUGGGCUGAGGGAGGAAACCGGACUACCCGGCGAAAACCUAGGCAGGCGGGUAGAACAUGCAAACUCCACACAGGCGAGGCCAGAUUUGAACCUGGACUGCAGAACUGUGAGGCAGAUGUGCUAACCAGUCAACCACCGUGCUGCCACACACACACACACACACAUAUAUAUAUAUAUAUAUAUAUAUAUAUAUACACACACACACACACACACACACACACACACACACACUUGUAGUGAAUAGUUUUCUGGCCAAUUAAGUGAAAUUGGAUCGUUUCCCACGCUUCCCAAUACUGAUAUUUCAUGACACUGGUUCGAUAAAACAGUACUAAAUAAAGCAUGUCAAACCAUAGAUGAUGGGCUAGCUUGAGAAGAAUUUUAACUACAUUAGGAUUUCUUUGUGAUUAAAAAACAUUGUGGAAGUUUCAACAGACUAAUAUUACUGCUCUGAUCACUCCACAUUCCCUGAUUGACAUUCUUUGCACAAAAUAGUAUUAUCUGAAAGAUGUAUAUUUUAUUACAAUUAGCAAGCCCACACAGGUAUCACUUAAAGGUAUUACUUGAAGGUAAUGAGUAGGUAAUUAAAGUUGAAUUUGGCGGUUUAACUCUUUAUUAUUCUUGUUUUUCAAGGCCAAAAUGUGCGUGUUACAUUUUACGUUUAGAACAGUCAACACUUAGAUUAUUGAUGGAAUGUUAGCACUUAGUAUUUUAUUAUUGGGAGGGCUUCUUUUGUUGCUCUUAGUUUGGACUCUUUCAUUGACUUUUCACUGUGAGUGUCGUGGUGAGAAAACAGGUAGCGCUGGUAGGGACGUUCUACGUCUUGUCAAUGACAAUGAACAGAUUAACAUUGGUUGUAUGAGAGAUGUACAGUAUAAGUUUGUGUGUAACGUUCUUAUUUGUAGCGCCACACUUGCUUUUCUUAUAUUAAUUGUUGGUGCUGUAUUAAAAAUGUUCCUUUUUAUGAAUGGAAGUCUGAUGACAAUAAAUUAUUACUUUAC